AUGACCAAGACACGUUCAUGGAAGCCAGCCCAGACCAAGCCAGACGUGUUACACACUCUCGCGAUCCUGCUGCAGUCAGCCACCCCUCGCACCAACGACGACGAGGCGGCCAUCACUGCCCUCCUAGAGGGCCGCCUCUGGGACGACUGCUGCUCGCACUGCGACUGCGCGGGCACGUUCGAGUUCCACACCUGCACCGACUGCCUGCUUGACACGGUGUGGUACGACCCCGCGGGGGACAUGGACGAGGCGCAUGACGUGUGCGAGUUCUUCGAGGACAUGUGCAACGUCGUCGUGCUGCACCAGCGUCCCACCCGCGAGAAGACCACGGUCAAGCCCACCACCCUGGCGGCUAUCAAGCUCCCGUUCAAGCGUAUCCACGGGCGCUCGAACAUGCGCAAGAAGGGAUAUCGCGCCGAGUUUGGUGGGAAGUACGGUCGCUCCAACAUGUGGAAGCGCAUUGUCCGCCCCGAGGUUGGCAAGAUUGUCAAGGCUGGGGGGAAGGCGUGGGAGGCGGCGGCGGCGGCUUGGGCCGCGUGA